AUGGCUUCGUUUAUGCCCAGGGCUAAGGAUGUCAUAACCGAGGAGGACAUUCAAGCUUGGGUUUCUGCCGGUGUCCGUGCGGCGAUGCCUCUCAUGAAUUCCGAGACUCGCGAGAUUCUUCUCUUUGCAAUGCGGGAACACCAGCGCAUUCUGGAAGAACAGACCCGAGCCAUGCGGCGAACCCUGGAGGUUCAGUCAGGGGCCAUGCAGCACACGAUCGAGACACAAGGCAGGCAGGUCACACGCUUGAUCGCCUUCGGUGGUCUGACGGCCAUCUUCUCCAAGUUCUGGCAGGACGUUCCCCCUUGGCUUCGGGACAAGCGAUGGUCAAUUGCGGCGGCUUACGGCCUAGGUGUGCUUGCGAUCAUCUUUGGGAUCUAA